UUUAGGAACCCGAAGCAACCCCACCUAUCGUCCAUGACAAAUGCAACUUUUACUUCCGGUUGAGUUCGGCCGCCGUACAAGAUUUUUUGGGUUUAACAGUAUUCUUGCGUAGUGCUUGUGUUAUCCUACAUCAUCCGUCACUUUUCUCGACUGUACUUGCAAUUUGCAGUUAUAUAUCUUCGAGGGAUAUAUUUUGUUUGUCGUAUGUCCAUCCAGAAUCUCAACACAUUCGACCCCUUUGCAGAUGCAAUCAAGGGUUCAGAUGAUGAUGUCCAAGACGGUCUCGUGCAUAUAAGGAUCCAACAGCGGAAUGGUCGCAAGACCUUAACCACGGUGCAGGGGCUUUCUUCUGAAUAUGACUUGAAAAAAAUUGUCCGGGCAUGUAAAAAGGAGUUUGCCUGCAAUGGGACUGUAAUUGAGCACCCGGAGUACGGGGAGGUGCUGCAGCUGCAGGGGGACCAGCGAGAAAAUAUAUGCCAGUGGCUAACGAAAUCAGGUCUGGCAAAACCUGACCAGCUGAAGGUUCACGGUUUUUAAUCAACCAACCAUCCAUGCCACUACCUAAGACAACUCCACCAUCACCAACACCUUAUCAUCUUAAAUUAUCUGUAUCAGUCACUACUACUUGUUGAUACUUCGUGGGAUACCCCAUUAUAUACGCAUAUAUAUUUCAAUAAAAAAUAUAUAACAAUACCAUAUAGGCACAAUAUUCUAAUCAGACAUUUUGUAAGAUUAUAGGAAAAGCAAUACCUUGCAGUCUUAUGUUAAAUAAUCCACUGAAUUUUUCUCACAUUUUAAAUAAUAGUAAUAAUAGUAACUAUUUGAGGAAACACAUUUACAAGCGAUAGAUACAGAUAGUAACGGAUGGAUGUUUCUUUUCAUAUUAGAUGAUAUGUAUCUGGAUGCGAUAGAUGUCUUCAGAGAAGAUAAAAUGCGUUAUCCUAGGUUUCAGAUUGGCUUCUCCUUUGUAACUACUGACUGCUUUGCUUUCUGUAUACAGUAAGGACAACAGAGUUUAGUUUGCGCUUAAAUAUCAUUUGUUUUCGAUUUUCGUGUCUUUUAUUCCACAUUGUAUUAUUUAUUAAAAUAUAACAUUUUAAUGUAACAA